GAGGGGGUAAAUAUUCCAGUGGAUACAAGCCUGGGCUCUUUUCUUGAAGCUUUCUUUCUAUCAAAGGCAUUUGCUGAUAUUGCUGACAUUGAAACAUUAAAAGAAAAUUUGAGAAGCAAUGUGCAUCCUAAAGCUGCAAGUAUUUCUCAUCGUGCUCUCUGUUGCCUUAAACCAUCUGAAAGCUACACCCAUUGAAAGUCAUCAGGUGGAAAAGCGGAAAUGCAACACUGCCACGUGUGCAACGCAGCGCCUGGCAAAUUUUUUAGUUCGUUCCAGCAACAACUUUGGUGCCAUUCUCCCAUCUACCAACGUGGGAUCCAAUACAUAUGGCAAGAGGAAUGCAGUAGAGGUUUUAAAGAGAGAGCCACUGAAUUACUUGCCCCUUUAGAGGACAAUGUAACUCUAUAGUUAUUGUUUUAUGUUCUAGUGAUUUCCUGUAUAAUUUAACAGUGCCCUUUUCAUCUCCAGUGUGAAUAUAUGGUCUGUGUAUCCGAUGUUUGUUGCUAGGACAUAUACCUUCUCAAAAGAUUGUUUUAUAUGUAGUACUAACAAAGGUCCCAUAAUAAAAAGAUAGUAUCUUUUAAAAUGAAAUGUUUUUGCUAUAGAUUUUUAUUUUAAAACAUAAACAAGUCAUUUCGGGACCUAUAUCUCAGUGGCACAGGUUUAAGAACAAAGGAGAAAACGGUAGUUUGAACCUCAGUAAAUUGUAAACAACUAAUAAUAAAGUUAUUCUUGACACUAGAAAAUCAGUAAUUGGACCGGGCGCGGUGGCUCACGCCUGUAAUCCCAACACUUAGGGAGGCCGAGGCGGGCAGAUCACGAGGUCAGGAGUUUGAGACCAGCCUGACCAACAUGGUGAAACCUUGUCUCUACUAAAAAUACAAAAAUUAGCCAGGGGUGGUGGCAUAUGCCUGUAAUCCCAGCUACUCGGGAGGCUGAGGCAGGAAAAUCGCUUGAACCCAGGAGGCAGAGGUUGCCGUGAGUCGAGAUUGCGCCACUGCACUCCAGCCUGGGUGGCAAAGCAAGACUCCAUCUCAAAAAAAAGAAAGAAAAUUAGUAAUUGUAAGUACCCCUGAUAAGCAAGUUAGUAACUGUCAGUACCCCUGUUAAGCAAUUCCUUUUUGCAGUAGACUUCUGAAAUGAUAGGAUGCUGUUUUAAAAACAAAGAAAUAAAAUCCUGCUCCUGACUCAGUCAAAAUAUUUUUUAAAGUCUAUUGUUUCUUGUGCUUGCUGGUACUAAGAGGCUAUUUAAAAAUAUAAAACCGCUUUGUAUCCAUGGGGGUUUCAUUGUGUGUUAGCAGCAGUGAGCUUCUGUUAAAUGUAUACGCCCUUUAUUCCGUUUAAGUGGCUUUCAGCAAACCUCAGUCAUAUUCUUAUGCAGGGUAUUGCAAAACAACUUCUGUUCUAUUAAUUGUGUCUUCAAUUAAAAGACCACAGACUUCUGGAAACUCUUUACUAUAUAAGAAUUAUUUCCUUUGUUUAACAUAUUGGACAUUUCUGGCCGAGGUUAUGUGUAUGAUACACGUUUUUUGAUAGCAGCUGCAAUGUUGGACAGAAGAUGAAGUGCUUUGCUUUGAGUCAGAUUCUUAUGAAUAGCUGCUUUUCCCUGACUUUGAGUUAGGUAGCUUUGGAAGUAGCAUUAAUUCAGAUAAACUGCCAUCAUGCUGCGUUAUGCCAUUUCUAAAGACACUCAACUUGUACUUUUUAAAAAAAUAGAAAAAAUAAGCAUUUCAAUCUAAGUGGAAAUUUGACUCAUUGACUUACAUUUCUACGUUAAAAUUUCCCUUUAUAAAGUGUGCCUUAGGUUACCAAAUUAUAGAGGCUUUUGUUGGUGGUGGUAAGUGGUAGUGGUAGUGAGUGUAUACAGGCAGGGAAAUAUAUUUAUAAUAAAUUCUAUAUCAUGAAUUACAUAUUGAAAUAAAUAGGUGAAUAUAUAAAUUUAUA